UCGGGUGCCCACCGCAUGUAAAUAAUCGGUGGCAUUGUUAGAUGGUACAGAGUUACGUUCAACAGCGCCCAGACUACGAAUGGCAGAUCCUAUCUAGCCUAUCUACAAUGCCGCUGGUGAUGUCAACAGCUUUCCGAAGUACGAGCAGAUCUCGGCCAAUGCCAUUCGCCUCAAGCACCAGGAAUGAUGUGGAUAUCCACAAUUUUCUGUCAAGGUGGUUUCUGGGUGCUCCAUAUGAACGUAUACGCUUGCAGAACAUGCGGGAGUUUGUAGCUCAUGGCUUUUACCACAGGCCUUUGUCGGAGCUCAGUGCGGCAUACCAAGAAGCUGUAGAUGAACAUGUCAGAGAGGUGGAGGCAGCUUGGGGAAUCAAGUUUCAAGAGGGAAUGGACUCUGGGAUCGCAUUCAUGGCACACACAAGGGAGCCUCUUCGGGUCUUGGAGAAGCUACGAGAGGCUAACUUCAACAUCAACGCAAAGAAGUGCGAGUGGGCCAAGACACAAGUCUUGUACUUGGGCCACGUAUUAGACGGAGAUGGCAUUAAGCCAGAGGACAGCAAGAUGGCGGCAAUUAAAGAUUGGCCGACGCCCCACACAUUGACGGAGUUGCGGUCGUUCUUAGGCCUAGCUAACUACUAUAGAAAGUUCGUGAGGAACUUCUCUGCUAUCGCCGCUUUGCGCAGGUUGCUUAAGAAAGAGGCAAUUUGGCAAUGGGACAAAGAUUAUACGUCGGCGCUAAAGAGACUGAAGCGCGCGUUAAUAGAAUACCCUGUCCUCAAAGUAGUUGAUCCGUCUUUGCCAUUUGUCGUCACCACGGACGCGAGUCAGUAUGGUAUAGGCGCCGUGUUGCAGCAAGACGACGGCAAUGGCUACAGACCCGUAUAGUUCAUGUCAGCGAGGAUGCCCUCAGAGAAGGUAGGUACCUCGACGUAUGAGAGAGAACUCUACGCUCUCAGGCAGGCUUUAGAGCACUGGGAGCAUUAUCUGCUUGGGAGGCACUUCAAAGUAUAUUCUGACCAUGAGACACUUAGAUGGUUAAAGACCCAGGCCAAGAUGACACCUAAGUUAACUAGGUGGGCCGCCGAGAUAGACCAAUAUGACUUUGAGCUCAAACCGGUCAAAGGCAAGUACAAUGUAGUUGCGGAUGCUCUGAGUAGGAGAUCAGACUACUUUGGAGCCAUAGUGCACUAUCUGGACAUAGGAAAGGACCUGCAAGAGAAAGUCCGACAGGCGUAUGCGCGGGAUCCUAUCUAUAGUGAUCUCCUCAAGAGAGUUAAGGAGGCCCCAGAGACCGAACCAGACUACCGCACUACAACAGGACUAUUGUUUGAGAAGACUAAUGUAGUAGACCGCCUGUGCGUUCCCAACUGUGAAGAGAUCCGUAGUUUGAUCUUAGGGGAAUGCCACGACACAGAGGGACACUUCGGUUGGCAGAAGACUUUAGUCAAUCUGAUGCGUGCGUAUACCUGGCCUGGAAUGAAAGCUGACUGCAUAG